UCGCGAAAUAUCACUAAAAUCCUACCUGUAUUUCUCCCAAAAGGUAACUUAUUAGAGCAACUGGGAUUACCACCCAAUUGGUAGGUAGAACCUUAGGACUGGGUGACCCCCUCACAGUUCCUUUUCGACAGUCCAACCAUGAAGUACCGCACCGUGUUGAACAAGCGCAAGCAAGCGACUCCUUCGCCAGUGAGAGAAGCAUCCGCCGACGCAUCCCUGGCCAACCACAGUGCCCUCGAGCUGGAGGCCGCCGCAGCUCUCCUGUUGCUUCGCUACCAAUACGAUCGACAGGCCUGCAACAAUAUUAUAUCCUACACCGAGUCCUGUUCCCCAACUCCUCCGCCUGCUGUCGCCGAUAAUACAACUCCCAAAGAUCAGACUGUUCGUCCGCCGGUCGCCAGUCAGCCGCUGAAGAAACGUUCCAUACCAUCGCACCUCCUUAGAAGAUCCGUGACCCCAGCCAAGUCAGACAGUUCGGUGAGCAAUAAGUCGAUAGUCAAGGCCAAAGCAAGGACUCCAAUGCCCAGCAGUGAGCGCAGCUGCAACAGGUCCCUGCUCAAAUCCUGCAGAAAUAUGAUUCGCGAGUUCUUGGACAAUCAGGAGAUCAUCUAA